AUGUACGGGGGUGAUGAGGUAUCGGCCAUAGUCAUAGAUUUGGGUUCGCACACCUGCAAAGCUGGUUACGCCGGAGAAGAUGCGCCCAAAGCAGUGUUCCCAUCUUUAGGUUGGCUUUUGCUGGACUCCGGAAUAUUUUUGCCUUUGGUUACAUCACAAUCAGCUCCUUUGUUGUGGUCGCCCAACGAUUCAGGUCUUGUGAAUGGUUUAGAAGAGGAAGGUGGUCCUCUAUUGAUCCCAGUUGUUGGAUCAAUUGAUCAAAUGGAAGUUGAUGACCUUGAUAAUCCAGAGAAGAACUCAGGAUCUGGUGUAGACUCUAAAUCCAAAGGAAAACGGAAGCUAUAUGUAGGAUCUCAGGCUUUAGGAUACCGCAGGAAUCAUAUGGAGGUGCUGUCACCCAUGAAGGAUGGAAUUGUUGUUGACUGGGAUAUUGCUGAAAACAUAUGGGACCAUGCCUUCCGGGAAUGUCUAUUGGUUGAUCCUAAGGAGCAUCCAAUGCUACUUGCAGAACCAUCAUCUAACACUCAACAACAGAGAGAAAAGGCAGCGGAGAUUAUGUUUGAAAAAUACCAAGUUCCUGCAUUAUUUUUGGCCAAGAAUGCUGUUCUCACAUCUUUUGCAUCAGGACGCGCUACUUCUUUAGUGGUUGAUAGGUAG